AUGUCGAACACAACGACCGAAUUCUGCUGCACUGCAGAACAUUUUACAGUGUAUAGCUCCCCCCUCUCGCUCUCCUCCUCUCUCUCUCCCCACUCUCUCUCUCUCUCUCUCUCUCACUCUCUCGUUGCUCUUUCACUCUCAAUUUGUCUCUUUUCAUUCGUGUUUAUGCGCACAAAUAUCACUUCGGAUAAAUAUAUUCCUAUCAAUCAACAGUGCUUGCUAAAAUGUUUCGUAUUUAUAUUGACAUGUAUCAAACUAGAGAUGUUGAUAUACAUUUAUUUAUGGUCGCGUCCCUCUCUCUUCUUUCUCUCUGUCAAUCUAUCUGCAUACAUUAUAUCUUUUUAUAUUUCUAUCUCAUAUCUAUUGGCUAUGUCAACCUGUUAUCUAUCUAUCUAUCUAUCUAUCUAUCUUACAUCAUUUUAUGAUUCUCUCUUAAUAUCUCUAUCAGUUUUUUAUCUAUCUAUCUAUCUAUCUAUCUAUCUAUCUAUCUAUCUAUCUAUCUAUCUAUCUAUCUAUCUGUAUAGAUCUUUGAUUAAUUCUUUAUUUUCCUUUAUCUCUCUUAGAUUCUUUUCUAUCUAUCUAUCUAUCUAUCUAUCUAUGUAUCAUAUUAUGUCUCGAUUUAAAACAUAUCGAUUUCGAUGUUUAGGAUUCUCUCUAAUAUCUCUAUCAGUUUUUUCUAUUAUCUAUCUAUCUAUCUAUCUAUCUAUCUAUCUAUCUAUCUAUCUAUCUAUCUGUAUAGAUCUUUGA